AUGGAGUCGACAGUUGACGAGCGGACGAAGCUCGCCUACCAAAACCGAUGGAGGACGCUCGCCAAGAAUCCCAAGCUCAUCGUCAUCGCUCUCUUCGCCUCCUUCGGUGGCUUUGAGUAUGGCUACCAACAAGGUGUCCUAGGCCAGUCCCUAGUGAUGCAUCGCUUCAAGGAAAACUUCCCCUCUAUCGUAAACUCGUCCUCAGCCACUGGUUGGCUCACAUCGAUCCUUCAGCUCGGUGGCAUUUUGGGCUCCUUGUCCGCUGGUGUCUUUGGUGAAGUCUACUCACGAAAUCCUCUCUACAACGCCGAAUUAUCCUCUCCCGAACUCCGUGGCUUCCUCGUCUCCUUCUACCAAUUCUGCACCAUUCUCGGUAUCAUGCUCUCAUUCUGGAUCGGAUACGGCAGCAACUACAUCGGUGGUACAGGGGAAGGCCAAAGCAACCUCGCAUGGAUGCUCCCAUCUAUAAUCCAAGGAAUUCCUGCUGUUCUCCUCGCUCUCGGAAUCUGGUGGUUGCCAUUUUCCCCGCGUUGGCUCGUCAAGCAGGGUCGUGAUGAGGAGGCUCUUAAAACACUAUCCUACCUUCGCAAUCUACCCGUCGAGCACGAUCUAAUUCAGGUAGAAUACAAGGAAAUCAAGGCUGAGGCUCUCUUUGAACAACGCGCCUUUGCCAAGAACUUCCCCAACCUGGCAGCUAAAGAGCAGGGCAGUGUCUGGAUGGCUCAGUUUGCUCAGUAUUAUCAGAUCUUCCGCACCAAGGAUAACUUCAAGCGUGUUGCUACAGCUUGGCUCGUGAUGUUUUGGCAGCAAUGGUCCGGCAUUGAUGCCAUCAUCUACUAUGCCAGCCAAGUCUUUGAGAGUCUAGGUCUCACCGGAGGAACACAGGCUCUAUUGGCGACAGGAGUUACGGGUGUUGUGUUCUUCGUCUUCACUUUACCUGCCAUGGCGAUCAUCGACAAGGUUGGACGAAAGCCCAUGCUCUAUGUGGGGUCUAUCGUCAUGCUUAUCUCUAUGGUUCUCGCUGGUAUUAUUGUCGCCAAGUUCCAGCACGAUUGGGAGACGCAUAGUGCUGCUGGCUGGGUUGCCGUGGCUUUUAUCUGGCUCUACGUCGGAGCUUUUGGAGCUACAUGGGGUCCUGUUUCUUGGACCCUUGUUGCUGAGAUUUUCCCUCUUUCUAUCCGAUCCAAGGGUUCUUCGAUUGGUGCUUCUAGUAACUGGCUCAACAAUUUUGCUGUUGCUUUUUACGUGCCUCCCAUGUUCGAAACUCUCGAAUGGGGCACUUACAUCUUCUUUGCCGUUUUCUUGGCAUGCAGCAUGGUCUGGCUGUACUUUUGCCUUCCGGAGACUAAGGGUGCUACUCUCGAGGAUAUGGAUCGAGUGUUUGGAAGCCACACUGGUGAAGAGGAUGCAAAGAUGUUGGAUGAGGCGCGCCGAGAUGUUGGUCUCGGAAUUGAGCUCGAAGUUGACGCUUUGAAGGCUGAGAAGGCGUUGGUGGAGGAUGGAGAGAUUGAGACGAGGCCAUCUCACCACGAGAACGCUUCGAAGCAGAUAUAG